CAAAAAACAAUUAUCAAUUAACUGCGAAAAGUUUUCACUAGCUUUAUCAUGGUAUGCAGAUAAGCCACCACUAAUGAACGCAAUACAGUAUUCAUUCCGAAUUAUUGUAACCACGUAUAAGUGAAGUUGAAAAAAAUCAUAAUUAUCCUUUUACAAGUUGUCAUAUUUCAUAAUGUUCUAAUGUAAUUAGGCACGGAAAUCAAACAUUGCAGUUUAUGAAAAUGAAUCAUUCGGUGACGGAUAACUAGUAUUGUUGUGGCUAAGAAAAAUGGAUCACUGUGAGAACGAGGAAAGGAAAAAAAAUCCUAGAGAAACGGCAAACAUUUUUUCCUUGGUUACUUUUUCAUACAUAAUACCUCUACUGAAGAAAGCGUUUAAAAAUGAUCUUCAACAGGAAGAUUUAUACGAAGUUAUUCACAGUUGUAACUCAAAAAGAUGUGGGGAAAAACUUGAAAAGCUAUGGAUAAAGACCGGAAAACGAAUAAAUUUAUCCAUUGUUGCAUUGUUAUGGAGAAGAUUUGGUUGGAGAUAUUUAUGGAUGUGUUCCAUAAACGUGGUUUAUAAAACAUCUCGAAGCGUCAUCCAGCCAUAUGCAUUAACAAACUUCAUUUCCUUCUUCAGUCAAGGACAAACCAAAAUGACAAUAUACGAUGCAUAUUAUUAUGGUGCUUUGGUGAUUGCUGUGAAUCUAGGCCAUCGUUUUUAUUUCAACAAUUUUUUACUCUGGUUGGAGAAACUGGGGGUUGAAGUAAAGGCAUCAUUUACUUCUUUACUAUAUCGAAAAUCACUGAAACUCACAACUUUUUCAAUAUCAGAAGUUGCGAAAGGUAAUAUGGUGACCUUGAUUACCAAAGAUGUACAAAUGCUGAAAGAAUCUGUUUACAUAGUCAGCAGCAUGGCAAGUGGAUUGGUGCAAGUAUGCGUAAUAUGCUAUUUGCUAUUCAGAAAAAUUGGACUGGCAUCUUUUUAUGGAAUCGGAAUAUUGAUUGCUGCAAUGCCUCUACAAGUUUUCAUUGGAAAGUGGGUUGAGAAUCUGAGACUCAAGACUGGGAAAAAAACAGAUGAACGACUUCAAGUGACUCAAGAAGCGCUGUCGGCAAUCAAAAUAAUCAAAAUGUAUGCAUGGGAAACAUUUUUUGAAAAGAGAAUUAAUAGUGCUAGAAGGUGAGUCACUGUCAAGUCAC